AGUAAUAGAUGCAACAUGGAGGACCAAAAAAAAAACAAAAUUCGAGUAGGGUGGGGGCAGUUGGUAAGUAAAAACUUCCCUCCACAUCUAAAUCCGAACCAAAUUCCCUCCUUCCCUCCCUCCCUCGUUUUCUCCCCCUUUCCAAAUUACCAAAUUCUUCCAAUUCCAUCAAAUAUCAAAACUACAAACACCUCACCUCACCUCACCUCAGCCGCCACCACAACACAUUUUCCGGCUAAUCUGUAGUUUAGAUGGCGACGCAAAAAACAAGCAAUGAUGUUCCAGUUAGUCAUCAAAAGCGUGAGUUGCUUUUACUCUCACAGAUGAAGAUGAAGAUGAAACCUCCAUUUGCUCCUCCUCCUGGCGAUUAUUACUCCUUUUCCGACCAUCCUUCUCCACCUUUACCUCGUCCUGAUGCUAUCAUCGUCAACUCCCCUCCAAGGAAGAAGAAGAAUGAUACAGCUUAUCAUAACGCUAAGUCUGCUGAUAAUCCAACCAGUCAAGGGUUUAGAGAAGUGCUUAACAGCCCUCUUCAGACCCCUGUAUCUGGAAAGUCUGCAAAGGGACAACAAGCUCCAAGAAUUACCACAUCUGACAUUGUCAAUCCUCAAACCCCCAUGUCUAUAAAUGGUACUCCAGGAGAUAGCCUCACUCCUGGUGGUCCUUGUCGCUCUGGUCGCUCUCUUGUGCUUUUGACGAAGAAGUUCAUCAGUUUAAUUGAACAAGCUAAAGAUGGGAUUCUUGAUUUGAAGGAAACUGCUCAAACUUUAGAGGUCCAGAAGAGGCAAAAGAGGCGGAUAUAUGAUAUAACCAAUGUUCUAGAAGGCAUCGGUCUUAUAGAGAAGCUGAAGAAUGGAAUACAAUGGAAGGGACCUAGUGUCUCAAGGGCAGGUGAGAUUGACGAUGGCCUUGCUAGUGUACAGGCAGAGAUCAAAAAUCUUUCAAUAGAAGAGCGCCAAUUAGAUGAACGGAUAAGAGAAAUUCAAGAAAGAUUGAGCAAAAUUACUGAAGAUGAUAAUAAUCAAAAGUGGCUGUUUGUAAGUGAAGAAGAUAUGAAGAGUGUACCUUGUUUUCAGAAUGAGACCUUGAUAGCAAUUAAAGCUCCACAUGGCACAACUGUGGAGGUCCCAGAACCAGAUGAGGCUGUUGAUUAUCCUCAACGAAGAUACAGAAUAGUUCUUAGGAGUACUAUGGGUCCUAUAGAUGUGUAUCUUGUGAGUCAAUUUGAGGAGAAGCUCGAGGAGCUAAAUGGUGCAGAUACACAAGAAAGCCUGCCAAGUACCUCAGGCUGUAAUGAUGUUCCAAACGCCAUGGUAAUGAGUGAAAAUGGUGGGAAUAGAAUAGAUUUGGAUGAACAGGAAGGCCAUAGGAUGAGCUCAGACGCAGAUGCCCAACAAGAUUUAAGCGGCAUCACAAAGAUAAUACCUGAAGUCUUUAUGGACUCAGAUUACUGGUUGAUAUCAGAUGCUGAUGUUAGCAUCACUGACAUGUGGGGAGCAGAAUCUGGGGUGAAUUGGGAUGAAUUGGGGAUUGCUCCUGAAGACUAUGUCAUGGUUGAUACAGAUAGCAGCACUCAGCAGACAGCAGCCACGAGUCCCGCUAUAAUCAACUCUUCAGUGCUGCACACAACCGGGAGAUGAACAAUCCUGACAUCCCCAUUCCCAUGGGAUGUGCAAGAAUUUGCAACUAUUGUUUCAUCUGAAGUUUACAUUAUAUUAUAUUGCUUCAUCUAUUAGAUCAUGCAGGUUAAUUAAUUAACAAGGAUGAGUGAGCUCAGUCCUAAGAUAUACUACUAUGUGGUCAUUUUAAGAUAUGGGCUUUGCUGGACCUAUUAAAGGAAUAAACAUUUAGGCCCAUUCUUUGAGAAUGGUUUAUGGGAAGGAGAGGAGGCCCAGCCCAAUGAUUAAUUUAACAACCAAAUACCCUAAAUUGGCGCCUAAUGUUGUUUGUUACGAUGUAGUGGGAAGAAACUGCGGGAUUUUAUUAAACCACGUAGCACGUGGACUAACCGCUUUUUUAUUUUACAUGUAUGUAUAUUAUAAUUUAUAUCCCCAAUUAAUUAAUACCCGGUUGUUUUAUUUUCUA